CUCGACUCCUCACAGAGCGAGCAGUUUAGCCGCUGAGAAGUGGUGUCCACAACUCCGUUUUCUGUCUCUGCAAACGUCAGUCAUUUCGGUUCUUUGACGCUGUUACAUGCUGCUAACUUUAGUGAAUAUAAGAAACUGACUUAAAUCUUUAGAUGAAAAACUAAGGAAAAACUCGCAGAGGUUAGAAAGUUCUAAGUGUGGUGUAAUGUUAUAGGAAAACGCCUAGCGCGUUCUGGGCUGCCAAGCAGUUUUUUUUUUUUUUUUUUUCCUAAUAGGUGACGUAGUAAGCUUCAAAGUUCAGGCAAAGCAUUACAAAGAGCAUCAGAGACCAGUGAAAAGAGAAACAGUUUCACUAACUCUCCCCAGUGUUUAAAAAUCAGUGAUGGAAACGGAAUGAAGACUCGUUCCUCUCAAAGUGAAAUCGUGAUAGCAUGACGGGGCCAGGGAUCCACUAGUACUAGUGGGGAAACCACGACACAUGAGUAUUUCGUCAUAUACGUGUUAAGAAACAACCUCGUAAACCAACAUGUACCGAUAUCAGAACUUGGAUUCCCAUUCUCCGGGUCACAUGCAGAGCAGUUUUCAAUCACUCAUACACAGGAACAGAACGAGGAAGAAAGCCAUAAUCAUUGGCGGUUUUGGGAGCCUGCUGAUGAUGGCUGGCAUCAUCUCGGCGAUCUUUGGUAUCAGCGGCCUUGGGGGACUGAUACUCAUCCUUCUGGGAGCACUCUCAAUGGUGACUGGCGUCAUUAUAUCCAACCGGGCGUGUUCAGACUACAAUGACAUCCCGUCGAUAUCAGGAGGGGUGGUCGAGACCCAGCCCCGGAUUCCAGUCGAUCAGCAGCCGCAGAAUCCCAACUGGAACUCUUCCGGUGAAUACAGCAGCGGACAGGAUCUGGGUUACAGCUACAGACAUUCGCUCUUCUUUACAGACAACUUCGGCUUACCAACUCACAUAGUGUCGCACAGUGCUGGCAGUGUGCCGUCUGCUCCACCCAUGAGCAAUAAAACCGAUGAACACCCACCUUCCUAUGAAGAGCUGUUCAGCAAAAAGUGAAUUCCAAAGUGAUUUUUGUUAGUCGUUUGAUUGUGUCCGUCAGAAACAUACACGUUUGUCAUAUUAUAUUACUAUAGCAUCUUUUACUUCGCUAUGCUUACUGAGAAUUCUUAGUUGUAAGUGACUAAAGAGACUUUUAACAGAAUUCUAUGACUUCUGACUGAAAUAAUAUAAGUGAACAUUUAUAUAUAUCAUUUUUGAUAUCCAUUUUUAUAUAAAUGUUGAAUGUAUUCA